CGGUAAUUUCGGUUUUCUACUCACCACACCGACCCCCUAAAACUCAUUCAUAGUCCGAGUCCCAAGACCCAAGGGAAUCCAUCCAGAGGGGGGUUUUGUGCAAUGGCGGAAUCCCUAAUUGAUCUCGAACAAGUUCUCCGCAUCCGCUCUAAGCAGGAGAAGUUGACAAGUCAAGAAGCAAACUUUCUUAUGGCUUGGAAGGGAAAUACACUUCAGCAGCUCACUGUAGGUGCAUGCGCUGGUGGAGCACUUGCAUGGUCAGUCACAGGAAACCUUAAUAGAAUGCUUCGCAUCAAUCUUGCAGGAGGAGCUGCUGCUUUGACCGCAGCAUGGAGAUUUAAGCGAUCGGUUAAUUCAUGCAUUGAACAAAUUCUUUCCAUGGAUGGAAGUCGGAUGCAACGAGAAUUGGCAAAUAUAAUACUGAAAAGGUACCCAAAUCAUCCAGUGACAACAAAGCUUAUAUCCAAACGUUUCUACUGUGAGAAUGUCUUCGACGAUUCAGCAUCCGACAUACCAAAAUUAAGGUGGCGUUUCCGUAAUACCUUUGUUGAAAGUCCACCUCAUCCCCAAACGACAGAUAAUCAUGAAUCCCAUGUUGAUGAUGAUGAUGAUGCCAAAAUCGGUCCAGAACUCAAGCCAGUUCCCAUGAAUAGCGGGUUUGUUGCAAUGGAAAACCCUUUUGAUUGCGUUUUUGGACUUCCACCAAGUGUAGAGGAAAUUCGACGCCCUGUCACUGCUAAAUCACCUAGAAAACAUAAUAACCGCAAACAGAGAAGAUCUCAGCGCAGGCAUCACGCCCACCACCAAGAUGAUUAUUCGUAAGCUCAUAUAUAUAUAUUGUUUGCUAAAUCUGCCAAAUUAUUCAUGGUGCAUCAGUGUGUUCUGUUUUAUUAACCAAGUUUGGUAACAUCAUAUUCAUGUGUUUAUUAGUCUCCAUUUUACUAACUUCUCGAGGUUAGUAUUGUUUUAAAAAAAGUCCGGGAGACCUGAUAUAUGGACUUACCGCAUUUGAAAUUUGACACAUGACUUGUAAAUUCUCUCUCUCAUUUGAUUCUUGCA